GCGUGCAGCCCUGGAGUCGGCUCACCGAGGUUGGGGUGAAUCAGUGAUCAUCGGUGUGGCCCCUAGUGGUGCAGAGGUUUCUACCCGACCUUUCCAGAUGGUCACUGGAAGAGUUUGGAAAGGAAGCGCUUUUGGAGGUUGGUUCGAAGAAAGAUUUUAUAUCAACACUCACGAUAUAUAUGCACUUGUAUAGUAGACAGUGAAAUGGCUAUUGGUGCAUUGCCAGUCGUCGAAAUCGUCUAUAAAAUGUGUUAAAACUCUCAAUUUGCAAAGUUCCACUCCUAUCAAAUUUUUAUUAUGACUUCACCGAGCCGAGGGCUAGGCUCGGCUCGGUGAAGCAUAGGCAUGCCAUGAUUCGUCGUCAAAAUGCACUUGCCCAUCCUCGUGUGCAUUUAUUUCCAGGCUGGAAAAGUCGUGAUGGUGUUCCUAAGCUAGUGGAUGAGUACAUGGCAGGCAAAUUGAAAGUUGAUGAAUUUAUCACAUCCAACAUGACACUGGAGAAAAUUAAUGAUGCCUUUGAACUAAUGCACCAUCCUGUUGGCAAUAAGUAAGUUCUAAAAGUUCUCCCUCACAGAUAAUCCAAGGAAUUGGUAGGCUUCUGUUAAUGUAAUCUUGAACUGUCCCCAAACCCCCUAGUAGAUUUAUAGGUAUGGAAAAAACCACCCUGGGUUUCCCCACCCUACAUAGCUUUUGGCCACUGCCAAAUAACGACCCUAAUCUUUUUAUAAUGUCAGUGAAUUUCAGUUCCCUCCUGUAGUAACACAGGACCAAGUUGUAUGGUACAAUGCAUAAUAAUUGUUUUUCUCCCUAGUUUACGAACUGUGAUCAAAUUUUGAGAGCUCCAAAUAUUUGUAAGUAAAUGUUUAUUAUUGAAAAAACAUAUUCUAUAUAGUAAACCAUGCCGUUAUCUUAAAGGUUGAGGCGUUCAAGUCAAAAUUAAUAUUUCUCAUUCGUUGUAGUUCCAAUGUGUGUCGUCUACGUAAAGUUUAAAAAUAAACAACUGAACUUGUAUGAUGUGGAAUGUUUCGUAUGGGUUGCAAUAUCUUGUUGUAAGGCAUAAAAAUGUAUUUCUUCAUUAUAAAUAUGUUCAUUAUGAGCAUGUUUUUCGUAGUGUACAGGCAAGAAAAUUGUGGUAACCUAAUUAGCAGGGAAGGAUUUACUUGUGGUCGCAGGGGUUGUGUCCCCUCCCCCUUAGCUUUAUAGCAAAGAAGAUGCAGGACCCCGCCUGGAAACCUUAUUUUUCAAAUAUUUUCUGACAAGUGAUGAUGGCCCCCUACCAAAAUAUAAAACUAAGCAAACAUAAUCUAUCAUAUCUAUUCCAUAUUCUUAGACGCCAAAGUUUUAAACGGGUUUUCCUUUAUUCCACUCCAUUUUGUUCUUUCUCCGGUUUUUAUAAUUUUCAGGUUUUUGUCAAAGAAUGAGUAAAUUUUACAAUAAGCUUUAUGUAUAAUUCACUCUAUGUAAUAUUUGAACUCUGUGUUUCGAAGUAAGGUGCUCCAUCAGCAUCCAGUCUCCUCGUCAGAAUAUCACAUCCAGUGUCAGUGACCAGCAGUGUCUGUUCAAACUGAGCUGAACGCUUACCAUCCUAUUUAAGAA